AUGAACGAGAACGGACAGGAGAAGCGCAACUCGGACGCAGGUGACAAGCGCCCUGCUCCAAAAAACGGCCCUAAACGGAGAGCACCUAAGCUCAAGCCACGGUCCUUGGACGAGCCAAUGACUGAAACAGAGAAUGGCCAGAAACAUCAGCAACAAGCCCAGGAGCAGGAAAAGGAGCAAGAACAGGAAUUAGUACCACCCGUGGAGCAAUCUGAUCCUCAUACCCAGGAAGACCGCGGGGCCAGUGACCAGCAAUCUUUGGCCACCACCAAGUCCUCCAACAGCGAGCCCCAAACACCUUCAACUGAAGAUUAUCCACGGUAUGCCCAGCCGGAAAGGAGGCGCUCUCAAGCAAAGCGGACCGUCUCCCUGCAACGUGACAAAGAUGCACCCCCUCAGGUCUGGCAAAGGCGUAACCAAUCUGAAGCUGAAAACUCGCAACUACUCCCGUUGGGUAAUGUUGGAGAAGUCGGAAACACAGUCAACGAGGUCGGAAAUGUGACUCGCGAAUUGGGUUCCAAGGCUGUCAACACGGUUGGCAACACGGCGAGGGGAGCCGUUGGUAAUGUUACUGGGGCCUUGCAACAACAUGCUCGCCAAGAAAAUGAAAAAGAGGAGCAACUGAGAUUGCGUCUAGACUUGAAUCUAGACAUUGAAGUACAGCUCAAGGCCAAGAUCCACGGAGAUCUUACGCUACAACUCCUGAACUAG